AGCUGUCGGGCGGCCGGCGCGUUUCCGAGGCGACGAGCGGUGGCGGCAGAUUCGGAGCGGAGUUGUUGGUGUCCGGCGGGGCGAGAUGCCGUCCGAGCAGUUCCGAAUGGAGACCCUGGAGGCCCUCCGGAGCAGCCGCAAAGGGCAGCUGGUCUACUGCCGGCACUGGGACCCGGGCGAGGAAUUUCUGGAAGGGUACAGAGCACCCCCUGAGCUGUCGCCCUAUUCAGGUUGGGUGCUGGAACGACUGCUCUCCCGCUCUCCAAAGGAAGAUCCUCUCGUUCCAUGUUCAGCUGCUGAAGAAGGAUCUCCUCAAGUGGCCUCUCUUACAAACACUUUUUCACCCACUAGCCUGUUGCUUUCCAGACCACUUUCAACAGAAGCACCAAGUAAUGCCCAGGACUGUGAGAAAUGGAGGGAUCUGGAGACCAACCAGGAGAUUGUUACUGCGCCUCCCCCUUCCAAAUGCGUGGAGGUGGAAGGCCUCAUACGCUUGCAUGAGGAAAGCCAGAGGUUGAAGGGCAAGGAGGAGCUCAGGAAGCGCCUGGAACACCAGCAACAGGUGGCGAAGGCUGCCUCGGAGGAGGCGAGUGAACAGCUGAAGCGCUUUGAGGAGCUGAAGGAGGUCAAGCAGCAUCAGGAAUAUCAAGACCUGCGGCAACUGAUCGAGAACAGCUCCAAAGAAACUCAAGGGCAACAGGAAAAGCUGAAGGAGGAGCAUCAACAGAGAGCCAAGCUCUUGAACCGGAAACUGCGUGAGGCAGAGCAGCAGCGUCAGCGCCAAGAGGAACUGGAGCGCCUUCGCAAGGAGGAGAGCCAGGAGAGGCUCCGGCGCCUCUAUUCCAUCCAAGAGGAGGUGCUGCAGAUCAAUCAACAGAUCGGUGUCCAUCACAGGCAUAAAGACUUGCCCGGGAUUGACCUGUCAGCCUACAGCAACCGGGGCAACCAGAUUUGCGGGGAAGCAUCCAGACUCGUCCGCACGGCCAGCGAGAGAGGGUUUCCUGCUCCCGUGGACAUGGCCUCUGCUGAACAAAUACUCCUGGAAAUGCAAGGGUUAAUUGCCAGUAUGCAAGAAGAGAUUGGCCUAGCCAUGGAAGAGAAGAGAAAGCAUGAGGAAGAGGUGGCAGCGGCGGCGGCGGCGGCGGCAGCAGCCGAGGAGAGGCAGAAAGAGUUGCAGAAGCAGGAGUUUGCAAAAACCCAAGACCCAAACCCUGCAAAACUUGUCCGAGGGAAGUCUCUGGAGGCCGGACUUCAGGUGAAAGCAGCAGAGAAAACUCUGCAGUGGUAUCAGCAGCUCCAAAAAGAAUGUCAGCAGUGUGUCGCUUCCUUCAGUGGGCUGGCUGACAGCCAAGACAGUCAGGUGAAAAAAAUCAGAAUGGAUUUGCAGAAGGCCGCCACCAUCCCGGUCAGCCAGAUUUCUACCAGAGCAGGUUCCCAGGUGAAGGAGAUAUUUGAUAAGAUCAAUAAUUUCCUUUCAGGAAAGUCAGUACAGAGUGGUGGACGCAACAUAACUGUUACUCAACAUCCUCAGGGCCUGGAGUUUGCUUAUUUCAAGCUGGCAGAAAAGUUUGUGAAACAAGGAGAGGAGGAGGUGGCUUCGCAUCACGAGGCAGCUUUCCCCAUCGCGGUGGUGGCUUCCGGCGUCUGGGAGCUGCACCCCAAGGUCGGAGACCUCAUUCUGGCACACCUGCACAAAAAGUGUCCUUACGCUGUCCCGUUCUACCCAGCACUGAAGGAAGGCACGCCCCUGGAAGAAUAUCAGAGGAUGCUGGGUUACCAAGUUAUAGAUUCAAAGGUAGAGCCGCAGGAUAACUUCCUGAAACGCAUGUCUGGGAUGAUCCGCUUGUAUGCUGCUAUCCUCCAGCUUCGGUGGCCUUAUGGAAGCAGUCAGGGGAGUCAUCCUCAUGGACUGAACCACGCUUGGCGUUGGCUGGCACAAAUGCUGAACAUGGAGCCUCUGGCAGAUGUGACGGCCACACUUCUGUUUGACUUCUUGGAGGUUUGCGGGAACGCUCUCAUGAGGCAAUACCAGGUGCAGUUUUGGAAGAUGAUGCUACUUAUCCGAGAAGAGUAUUUCCCAAGAAUUGAAGCAAUUACUAGUACUGGAGAAAUGGGCUCCUUUAUGAGGUUCAAGCAGUUCUUAGAGAAAUGUUUGCAACGGAAGGAAAUUCCUUUACCCAAGGGCUUUUUGCCACCAUCUUUCUGGAAGUUAUGAUUUGGAUUGUCCUGUGUUCAUCUUCGCCUGGAAGUUCAAAGAAUGGGCUGCCCUGCGGGCCGGAAACCAGUGACGUCUCCAGAGACGGUUUCAUAUUGCAGGGGUCUUCGGGCUGAUGGGAAUUGUAGUCCAUGAACAUCUGGAGGGCCGUAGUUUGAAGACCCUUGUCAUAUUGGAUCAACACCGCAGCUUGGCCCUGCUCCGAGAGCUAUUUGUGCUCAGCAGGAUUCAGGCCUUAAUAUUUUGUGAAGAAUUUUGAAAAUGUCUCUGUUUAAUUGGGCCAGCUCUCUGUAACAGGAUAUGCCGGAACACAAUAUUAGCAAUUAUUACCAGCUCCCCCCACCCUCCCAACUCUUUUCAAGCUAUCGGAAUGCCUUUCACUGUUCCAGAGGACUCCACGGAGCCUUUGAAAUUGCACAUGCUGAAUAUAUGCACUGAAUGUGUCUCUGUCUUAGGAGUACUGAGAUCAGAAAUGAAAAAAAAUAUUUUUAAUACUAUCGAGGUAUUUUAAUGGCUUGGUUGUUUUGCGGAAAGACGUUUCAUUUGGUUGACAUGCUGUAUAUUCCUUAAUCCCUUUUUUUGCAAUUUUUGUAUUUAAUUGUAUUUGAGAAGAAGCUGCUGCAUUUUGCUCCUGCUUUUGUGAGGACAGGGGAAAUUGUCUUCCUGUUCACGCAUUUCAAUUGCAGCCAAAAUCGGUGGAUUAAAUGGUGAGGGUACGUUUAUAAAAUCAUGCAUUAGUGCUGUCCAGUAGAGGAAGCCUUGCUUUGAUUGGCUUUAACUGAACUUCAUGUGGACUGGAUGCAAGGACAGAGUGUUGUUGCUCAGAAGGGAAUGGCGACUGCUUUCUCCUUCACAGCCCUCCUAUCCAUUCGUCUUGUGCAGGGAACACUGAAUUAAGUUCUUGUACUGGUACGCUACUUUGAUGGGUGUUAUGAGAAUACACUGCUGCAGAAAACUGUUUUUAAAAUAAUUAAAAAUUGAGUUUCAUUUUUGCGUGAA